AUGCAAAUCAUUACGGAAAGAUUCUACUCGAACAUUUUCCGUUCAUCAACUCCUGUUAGUUUAGUUCUAGCGAACCACAUGACGUUUCAUCUUCAGCAGGAAAGAAUUCCAGACCAGUGGAAAUUUUCGCGAACUAUUGUUAUUCAUGGGAAAGGUGCCCGAAAGGACUUUCGGAACUACCGUCCGAAAUGUUUGCUGAUCGUUUUGCACAAAAUAUUCAUCAAGAUCAUUCUCACGCGUACAUCUAUGACGCUAGAUGGAGCCCACCUUCACGAACAAGCUGGAUUCCACCAGAGGUUCAACUGGUUGGACAAUAUUUACCGCCUGGCCCUUGUCCUAACCUUCGUCGACUAUGAAAACGCCUUCGACAGCGUAGAAACGAAUGCAAUACUGUCAGCGCCUGUCGAUCAAGAUGUGGACGCGUCGUAUGUGAGGACAAUACCCAAUUGCUACGUUCGAUGCACCACUAGGAUACAGCUUUUCCACCGCUUUAUCAACAUACCUAUCGGAAAGGGGGUACGACAAGGCGAUACUACAUCGCCGAAGCUGUUCACUGCUGCAUUACAAUGGAUAAGGAAACCAGUGGCUUUGGAAGAAGGCAUACAUGUUGGCAGAAGAUUCCCCUCAAACUUCCCUUUUGCGGACGACAUAGUUCUUUUUUCGAGAAGUACCAAUGAAGCAGAGACCAUGCUCAAGAAGCUGGACGAAACAAGGAAGAGAAUAGGAUAA